UUGUCUUUCUAAUGAAAUAUUCCGUUUUUUAAUAUAUGUAAAGAAAUAUAUCCUAGUAGGUAAACGCCUGUCACGCGGAAACUCGCUGAAAGAAGUCGUGACAAAUGUGCUACAGCUUGUCAUCAUAAUUUACUCUAAUUCAGCAAUUUUAAUAAUAAAAGUAAUAGUAAGUCGUCAGUACGUGAGACGAAUCAGUUGUUGAAUCAACAUUAUUAUACCGGAAAGUGUACGUGCCAAUUUCUCAAAUGAAACACGAUUUUAUAUUGAUUGCACUUCGUAUUGAUACAGUAUUAGUUUUAUUGUAUUUUAACAUCUGACACAAUAAUGUGAUAUUUUUUGUGUUAGAAAGAACAUAUCGCUAGAGGUAUGAUUGACGCGUAUCGGGAGAAACAUCCAUUGUUAAAUGAAGACUUCUCCGAUGAAGAUCGAUACAAUCCACACUUCCCAAGACUAUAUAAACCUAUGGUUCUAAAGCAUCGAUCGAAGAGUAAGUUAAAAGGCGCGACUACAAUCUUCAGACGGUGGCCAAGUUAUUGGUCUACAGCAUUCGUAUAUUGGUGGAUCGGAUUAGGCAUGAUUGUAAUUACUAUCUUUAUAAUAUAUAACGGUUUCGUGGCAUUUGCCUUACUGCCAUCAGAAUCUGUUUCUGCACUACGUCCUAAAAUUAUGACAAACAAUAAAGUGAUAAAAGCUUCAUUGAGUAAGGAUACAUCAUACCCUAAUGUAUUUAUGCACUUGUUAAUUAAUCCACAUGAUAACAUUGAUAUAAAUACAUUUCUACCAUAUAUAGAAAUAAUAUCUAGUAAAUAUUACGAAUUUAAAUAUCAUCUUAUUAUAGUUUUCAAUGAUACUAAUAAUAAUACACUUAGUGCUGAAGAAAAUAAUGAAACAGCCCUAAACUUUCUUUGGAACGAAUCUGAUAUUAAACCUAAUAUAUAUGCUAAUAAUAUUGUGAUUGAACAAACAACCUUAUCGAAAUAUAUGGAUAAUUCACCGCUAAGAAAAUAUUGGAAAGAUAUACCAAUACAAUUUAUUGAAUUUUUAAUUAGAGCUAUAUCUAUUUGGGAUAAAGGUGGAAUAGCGUUCAAUCCAACAGUGUUGACGCCUCAAACUCCUCAUUAUAUUUAUGGUGAGAAAGUUCAUAAUAUACUUGUAAAGUAUGGAAGAAAGCAUACAAAGGAACAUGUGACGAAAAUAAAUAUAAACAACGAAAAGAAAGCACAUACUAAAAAACAUACAAAGAAAGUAAAUAACAUUCAAGAUAUAAUCGAAGAAAUAGAACACAAUGAGAAUUUUCCAUAUAAUCGAUAUUAUAGUGUCAAUGAAGCAAAUAAUAAUAAUAUUAUUGAUGUAAGCAGUAAACAAAAUUUAUCUUAUAAGGCGCAAUUAGACCCCAAGAAUACUACUAAUAUGUUAAACAUCAAUGAAAUAAAAAAUAUACUAUCAGUAAACAUAUCAGAUAAAUAUGAACCUUUAACAAUGGCUGAAUCAAAAAAUAUUUUAACCAAUGUUGAAGGAUAUCAGAAAAUAAAUAACACUAAUAUAACUGAUAUAAGUUCCGGUCUUUUACCGUUAUUUUUUAAAUUCUUAUUUAACGAUGUAACUACGGACAACAAGAGGAAGGAUCUAAAUAUUUCAAAACUGGUAAUACCAAGAAAACGAAAAAGCAUAAUUAUUUCUGAGAAUAAUAAUGCGAGUAUGAUCAAAAAUAAUACCAACUCAACCGAUUCUGUUGAUAAUUAUUAUAGACCAAUUAUUAUACCAGCUAACGACCAUAAUAUUGGCACAGUUAACAUUACAAAAACUCCUAAAAGUAAUGCAGAAGAGUUGACAUUUGAUCUCAAAGGAAAUAUAAUUGCUACAAAAAUACCUUGCCACGCUUUCUUAGGAACAAUUUUUAAUAACGUCAAUCGUCGUACUCAAGAUAAAACAGUCACAGAUUUUUUAAUACAAGAAUUAUCUUUGUUUUGUAAAGGGCUUUUAUCGAAGUGUAAUGGUAUUGAUGUUAUUUUACUGUAAAUAUUCCUGUAUUUGCUGUUACUAUUCUUUCAUAGUAGUUAUUAUACUACCUAUAUUAUAUUACAUACUU